GCGAAGCGCAUUGCCGGUAGCUCAUUCUCAUUAGUCCGCUCGUCGUCGGCACACUUGCAGUGGCAGUAAGACCGGUGAGGAUACAAAUUUUUCUCGCGCGUUUUUAGUAUUUGAGUAUAAGUUAAAAAUUACAUCACUAAAAACACGUACUGCGAAUCGAUUGCAAAAGUAUCAAAAUGAAGCCUGAUACUCUAGGACCUGUAGAAGAAAACCGUCCUAUGGAAACGAUGUCGGAGACAUCGGAGGCGACCACAACGACCACGGCAUCGGAGUACCAAGGAUUUGAUUUUAACGAAGACAUCUUGGAGGUCGCACGUCUUCUUGGCGUGACAAAUAUCGAGGAUCUUAAACGUGAGCGGUUCCGUGUUGAUCGCCGUAAACUCGAACAAAUGCUUAUUGGCGAAGAUGAAACACUCGAACGUGCUGAUGUUUUCUUCGAGAAGAUUAUGGAUCAAACGAACACUAUGAUUUCCUGGCCAGCGAGAUUGAAAAUCGGCGCGAAAUCCAAAAAAGAUCCGCAUAUAAAGGUCAUUGGUCGUGAUGAAGAUAUUUGUACUGCCAAAGAAAAAAUAAUGCAGAUAUUGGAUACACGACAGGGACUGCGAGUUACGAUGAAGCUCGAUGUGAGUUAUACGGAUCAUUCUCAUAUAAUUGGAAAGGGCGGUCUAACGAUAAAGCGUGUAAUGGAAGAGACCGGCUGUCAUAUCCACUUUCCCGACAGCAAUCGUAGUAAUCACCAGGAGAAGAGCAAUCAAGUGUCAAUUGCAGGAGACAUGGAAGGAGUUGAGAAAGCUCGUGCGCGAAUCAGGAAUUUAACGCCAUUGAUAUUUUCCUUCGAGUUGCCAAUAAUGGGAUCAAUGCAAACCGUCCCCGAUUCAACGAGUCCUUGUAUUGUUAAAAUUCAAGAGCAGUACAAUGUACAAGUUAUGUUCCGCACUCGUCCGAAGCUACACGCGACUCUUGUUGUUGUAAAAGGUUGCGAGUGGGAGGUCCAUCAAGUCAAAGAGGCCACGACCUGUCUAAUUAACUACAUGUGUAAAAAUUUAGCGAAUCAAAUUCCAGUGCAAAUGUCUAUGGAAAUUUCACCGCAACACCACAGCGUAGUGCUGGGAAAACAAAAUGGAAAUUUGAAAUUAAUAAUGCAGCGUACAUCGACCCAAAUAAUGUUCCCGGAUGCUGGUGAUCCAAACAUACCGAGUUUAAAAAAAAGCAACGUUAUAAUAACCGGUGGUAUUGAUAAUGUUUACUUGGCACGUCAGCAAUUAAUCGGAUCGCUGCCUCUAGUUGUAAUGUUCGACUUUCCUGAAGACGCAACGCCGACUUUCGACACCGAGACGAUAUCACAGUUGAUGCAAACUCUUGAUGUCUUUAUCAGCGUCCGUCACAAGCCCAAGCAAAGCGCUCUGUCGGUUAUUAUAAAAGGAGUUGAAAAAAAUGCAUCCCGUAUUUAUGAAGCCAGAAGACAGAUACUUAAUUUGAAAGAGCCAAGACUUCAUGCGACUAUUCCAGAUACUUAUCAUAUACCCAAUGCCACAAAUGUAUUCCUGGGAAACACUGCCGGUACAGUAUCAGCUAACAUGCGCACGAGACUGGAUAGUUCAGCAGGUAUCUCGUCAUUGAAUUCGCAGAGUACGUCACCCUACAGCGUGUCACCGUUGUCGUUAUCUCCAACGUCAAUGGGAUCGAUGAGUAUGUCAUCGCACUGGGGCGGAUCCGCUUCAUCGAUUUACUCGGGAAUGUUAAACUCCUCGUACGGAAUUAAUCACCCGAACGUCCAACUUCUGGCCGCUACACGUCAUGCGAUGCACAGCAACCUCCUUAACCCGCCACAGCCUGCGAACAUUCAUCGCCACGGACAAGGACUUCUCGGUGAUUAUUUUUCAUACAGCAGCGCCUCGAGUACUUUAUCGAGUCCAUCAGCCAGCCCGCGAAACAUAUCGCCAUCCCCGAUCGGAUUGUCCGAUACCUCGAGCAUGGACAUCUCCGGAGUCCUGUCUGAUUUCGGACUGAGUGACCUCCCGAGCGAUCGUGCAUCGAGUCGCCAGUACUCGGGUUACGAUUACGACCAGAAGAAAAUUAUGGCAUUUAAGGCUAUGCAAAGUCUUCCAAAGUCAAACGAGUAUCGAGUACCCACGUCUACGUGGUCGGGUUACGGUUUAAGUCAGACGAUGCCUUCCGCUACGGUAACAUCACUAGACUCAACGGUUCACUCUAAACCCAUCGAUCCUUCUGAUCUCUGGGAUGAUCCCAAGACACCGUUAGCUUAUGCGCCGUCGAUGGACUUCAAAGUCGAUUCUGCUCAAGAUAAGGGUAUGCUGGGUAUGACUUCUUCUUACGUUGAUCACACGCCCGGAUCACGACUUGAGAAAGUUAUCACGGGACAACACACCGACGUUGCCAGUAUGCUCACUAGUGUUGGGCUUGAAAAAUAUAUACGUCUUUUGAUGUCUCACGAAGUAGACAUGACGACGUUUCGUUCGUUGACUGAGAAAGAUUUGUAUGAGAUUGGAAUCACAGCUUGGGGUGCUAGACGUAAAAUUUUGCUUCUCAUUGCCGAGUUAAAGAAACGUUCUAUGCCAUUCUCUGGAAGCGUUGCACCCGGGGCUGAGCGAAAAUCUUCUUUGACAAGUACAUCCAGCACCGGAAUAUCCAGUACAACUACCGUCGAGGGCAAGUGGUAACGAGGACACGCUUGCUUCCUCUUUCUCUAAGUCAAACGAGAUAAUAAUCGAGGUAGUAAAUGUUGAGAAAAAUAUUUUUUUAAAAAAAGAGGAGAAAAAAAUAAAAGCAACACGAGGGAGCGGCGUUUUUACCGCGGGAUAUAUAUUUAGUGAGAUUGUACGUUGCAUUCAAUAUUUUAAGAGCCCGGGGAAAAAGGCUAGAGUUUAUGUUUGUGUACCGGAACAAGUUGAUCACGUAUAUUACUUUUUUUUUUUUUUUUUUUUUUUCAUAUUUAUUUUUUUCGCGCUCGCAGGAUCUCUCCCUCGUAAGCGAGAUAGGAAAAUUCGUUAUUAUAAUUAUAAUUAUUAUUAAUCGAUUAAAUUAAUUUUAUUUUAUAUAAAUACACAAAAAAAAAGGAUUUUUUGGCGCGAAAAUUUUUUACUUGGCCUUAGAAAAUUUUCGCACUAUGAAUUAAAGCUAAAAUUUUUUUAGAGAAAAAAUUUCUUGCACCAAGAAAAUCCUUUUUUUCUGUGUAUAGAUAUACAUAUACAUAUAUAUAUAUAUUAAUAUAUAUAUAUUUAUAAUUGUAAUGUAAGUAGUUAGCAAAUCAACUAGCGUUCCUUGUGUUUGGACGCGUAAUUGCGGGCGAUCACGUGUGAAUUUAAGCACGAGGAAUAAAUUAUCAAUUUUUUUUCGAUUCGUUUUGUAAAUUAUAACAGAUACGCGAUAUAACUUGAGUUUAAAACUCUUUAAAUAUAUACUAUUGUAUAUUAAACGAUUGGAGUUGUAAGAUAUUAUGAAUGCCAAUCGUUUUAAAUUUGUCUGUGAUGAUUUAAUGAUGACGAUAAUGAGCGUUUCAUGUACGGAACUCGUGUAAAAUAUUAUUUCUCGAGUAUCUGUAAAUCGAUCGAUCGUAGCUGCACGUAAAGCGUUACACAAAAAUCAAUUUAUUUACAUAUUUAUAUUAUUUUCACUUAAUCAAAUGCAUCCAGCGUCUAUUUGUAUUAGCGAAAUAAAUAAUUAAUUUCGACUAAGCUCGAAAACUCAUCGAUUUAUAUAUUUAAUACCUAAUUUAUUUAUAUUUAUACUCGUUAAUAAAUUUAUUUAUACUUUACCAAAGCUCCCGGCUUUGUAGAAAAUUUUAAUUGUUGAGAUUUUCGAGUUUUAUUUUGUUUAACGAUAGCUUAUUUAUUAUUAUUAUUAUUAUUAUUAAUUAUUAAUUGAAUUUUAGAGGCCGCUGAAUGCAUUUGCGUUAAGUGAAUCUAGUUAUUUGCAUGCUAAUGAUUAAUAAUAAAAGAUUAAAUUAAAUAUUACUAGAUUAUUAUGCAUGAAAAAAUAUUGAAGGUCAAAAAAAAUAUUUAAUACGAUAAAAAUUAUAAUUAUAAUUUCCCUCACUGUACGAUAAUUGUCAACUAAAGUCUAUUAAAAUUAUGAUCUUGAAGUUAACCGACUGUUAACAAUUUUUGGAUUUUUUUUCGGCAAAUCAAUUGAAAAUAAAAAUAAAUUAAAAAUAUGCACAUGUAGGAAAUCAAAAAAACUACAGGUGCAAUUUUUUCAAAUAUUUUUUUUUUCAUAAUUUGUGGUUAAAAAAAAAUCCAAAAAUUAUUAGACGGCUAACUUCAGUAUCUUUAAAAAAACCGACGUCUAAUAAUUUUUGGAUUUUUUUAAAAACGGUAAAUUAUUAAAAAAAAAAUAAAAUAAAAAAAUGCACAUGUAGAAAAUUGAAAAAACUAUAAGUGGAAUUUUUUCAAAUAUUUUUUUUUUCAUAAUUCAUCGUUUAAAAAAAAUCCAAAAAUUAUUAGACGUCGGUUAACUCCAGUAUCAUUAAAAUUUGAUAAUUUUUUUUUUUUUUUUAAUACCCAAUGAGUGAGGAAGGGAAUUGGUACGAUUUUAUUUGAGCCAUUAGCACUCGCGAACCGAUAAAGUUAUUUUUCUCAAUCUAAAUUAUUAUUUUAAACAUUAUUAUUAUUUAUUUAUUACUAUCAUUUUUUUUUGUUUACUCCACUUUAAUGCGUUAGGUAAUGAGCUUUGCUCACAAGCGCUCUUACACUUGACUAAAAUAUAAAUUAAUAAUUUUUUUUUUUUUUUUUUUUUACCGUUAAUAGUUUUUUGACUAAACACAGAGUUUUAAAAGCAAUUAAUUGAAGAUAAUUAUUGCGGUGUUCAUUUAUAAUAAUUAACUACCAUGAUUUAAUUAUAAAUAAUAUUUAAACGAGUAGAAUAAAGUCGUACAAUAUUAUUUAGUUUUCAUUUUCAUGAUAAUUAAGUAUAAAAAAAAAUGAAUAAAAUUGUCGGAAUAAAUUUAUUUGAGUUUUCAUAAAUUUAACGACAGUAAAAAUACUUGUGUUCGUUUAAAAAAAAAAAAAUAAGUCCCUCGUUUUAAUGAUUGUUUCUUACCAUCAGUUACCACCCUGACAUCUCGUACCAUUUACUCAUAAAUAAAAAUAUAAAUAAUAAUUCAUUUUUUUUCCUUUUGAUAUGAAUAUUUUUUUUUUGUUUGCAUGUCUUAUGAAUUUAAAAAUAAAAUCGAGUUGAGAGUUGAGUAAACAAUUAAUGCACAGAGAUUGUAAAAACAAUUAGAGUUAUUGCUCGUCAAUCCGAAAUUAUACAGCAGCCAAAUUCAAUUAAACUUUUUUUCUACUGUCCAUUAAAAUCUAAAUUUAUUCUCAAUAAAAAAAAAAGUUAAUGGAAAAAAUGGUCAAGUGAAUCUUAAUUAAAUAAUCCAGGUGACAGAUCUUUCAACAUUUAAAUAUAAAUAUUUAUUCAGUCUGAUAUUUAUUUUUAAAAAUAAUUUAUUAUUUUUUUUUUCAAUCGCAAAAUGUUGCAGGAUCGUAAAAACUUAAAUUUAAAUCGAAAUAAAAUUAAUCAUUCGAUUAUGUAAACACGGACUCAUUCUUUUAGGAUCGUGACCAUUUUACAACGAAAAAUGUCCAUCUUUUCAGCUUUAUUUUUACGUAUUAAUAAUAUUUAUUAUUGUUAUUAAUAUUUAAAUCUAUAACGAUAUUUAAAAAAGAUUCACUUAAUCAUUUUGAUAAGCACACGAGCAAUAAACAAAAAACAUGUAAUUAAAUUAAUUUUUUUUCUUCGUUCAAACGGAAAUGUAAACUAUUUUGAUAAGAAAAAAAAUAAUA